AUGAGGACAUUGACAUUGUUGGUCUACUUCGUAGUGGCUGCCUUAGCUUUCACCCCGCAGACCAACUCCAGAAUUUUUAAAGGUUACCCAAAGAAAGUGGUUUAUUUUGACGACACUGCCAGCGUUGUCUACCAUGAUGGCUCUGACAAUGAGAUCUAUUAUUCCAAAGAUGAUGGUGUCACUUGGACUCAACUAGAUCUUGGUGGGGCGUCCGCUCAUCAAGUAAUUGUUCACCCUUUUGACCCUUCUACUGCCUAUAUUUUGACCACUAGUGAAACUCACUUCGUCACCACAGAUAGCGGAUUUACUUGGAAUAAGGUUUCCUCUCCAGAGCCUCCAGUAACCAACGAGUUUCCAACGUUGAGCCAAGAGUCCUCCUCAUUGACCCUGAAUUCCAAGAACUUUGAGUAUGUUCUGUUUGCAGGCCAAUGUACAGACGGAUCAGAAAUUUGCAACAGAAAGUACUACUAUUCCUUGGAUAACAUGAGAACUUUCAACGAGCUCAUUGAAGCUCACAGCUGUUUGUUUGUCGAUACUGCCGAUGCCAUUGCGGGUGAUCAUUCCCCAAACGCUGUUAUCUGUGCCAUCACCAACCCUGACGGAAAACUGUCUUUGGUGAAAACCGCCAACUUCUUCAAAGACGGCAUAGACUAUGUCUCUAGUGGUGGUGGUCUUAUUGAGAAUCCUGAACUGCUGGGCGCCUCACACAACUACAUCUUGGCUGUUGGUUCUCAUCUUUUGCACAACAAAGACAAGUUUGUAUACAUCUCAUUUGAUGGUUCGAACUUCAACAAAGUGAAACUCAAUGGUAAUACUAAUGAUCUUAAAAUUUUGGACUCUUUACCUUCCUCAGUGGCCAUUUCAGCAGGGAACGCUCUGUUUAUCUCAUCGAGUGGCUCGAACUCUCUCAAUGAUGAUAACGAUAACAACUAUUUCACCAGCAAGCUUUCCUCCUUGCACGUCAAAGACAACUUUGCUGACUAUGAACUUAUUGAUGCUGUUGAGGGGGUCAUACUUGCAAACACAAACGAAAAUGGAAAUGUUAGGUCGUUCAUUAGUACCAAUAAUGGAGACUCUUGGAAACCACUUGAAUUGAAGAGUGGCUCACCUUUACAUUUGCAUUCUGUUAUACAAAGGUCUUUAUCCGAUAACAGAGCUGAUCCUGGUAAAUAUUAUUCGACUCCUGUCCCAGGUCUUCUUUUGGGUGUUGGUAAUGAGGGCCCCAGCUUGAAUCCAUAUUCCAAAGGUAAUACUUAUGUUUCUACCGACGCAGGUGCUUCUUGGACCAAAACUCUCACGGGACCGCAUAUCUUCGAAGUUGGAGACUCAGGAAGUUUGAUAAUCGCUAUUCCUCAGUCUGGCCCUACUGAUAUCAUCAAGUUUUCCAAGGACUUUGGUUCAUCAUGGACCACUGCAAGACUGGGACAGUACAUAACUGCUGAUUUCAUUACCACUACUCCAGAUGCUACUUCUUUGUCUUUUUUGGUAGUUGGUACUAACAACGACGAUAAAUAUAUUGCCCAAGCCCUGAACUUCCGAGGCGUUUAUGACACUGUCUGUUCGGAAUCUGAAUUUGAAGAUUGGUACCCGAUUGAUAGUAAAGGCAAAAAGAUUUGUAUCAUGGGACAUAAGCAAAAGUUUUCCAGAAGAAAACCUUCUGCUGCUUGUUCUGUUAGCAAACUUUACCUAGAGGCAGUUUCUGUUCAGGAGGACUGCCCUUGUACUGAGCAGGACUUUGAGUGCGCUCAAGGUUUUUCAAGAAAUUCUCAAGGGAAAUGCCUUGCUGACAACAUUGAGGCUGAGUUGGCUUUACAGCGCAAGUUGUGUGUCAAUGGCGCAACAUCUUACGAGGUACCAUCUGGUUACCAGUUGAUCCUUGGAAAUACCUGUCAAGGAAGUUCCGAUUUACAAACUCCUCUUCAAAAAAGAUGCCCUGAUGAACCAAAGACAGUACCGGAAGCUGAAAACUUGGAUCCAUCAUACUCAUCAUCGGAUGAGAAGGAUGACAACCCAGACGAAGAAGAAGGUGCUCCUGAGGAUUCAAAAGAAGGUUUCAACGAUGGUAAGGUUAAAGCCUCUGUGUUUACCUUUGACGGGAAAGUUGAGGAAUAUAUCUAUUUGGAAAGAGACAAGGAAAAUCCAUCGGAAGAUGAAACUCUAGUUGCUAUUACAAACAGAAAUGAGGCGUACGUAUCCCAUAACCAGGGAUAUUCUUGGGAGCAAAUUGCCCCUGGUGAAGAUAUCUUAAGUAUCUACCUCAGCAGGUUUGAUCGUAACCACGUUUACUUGGUGGCAGCAAACCAGAAAAUCAUAUAUUCCAGAGAUAGAGCAGACAACUGGAAAUCUUUCCGAACCCCCAGUAUGCCAAUUCCAGGUGUCCGUCCCAUCUAUUUCCAUCCUUACCUCCCACAUUACUUGAUUUAUGUAGGCCAAGAAGGAUGUGAUUCUCAGUACUCAAAAUCAUGUCGUUCGGUUGCCUAUUUUUCGAAAUCUUAUGGUAAGCGAUGGACACCGAUUCAAGAAAAUGUGAACUCCUGCCAAUUUGUGGGAGGUCUUCAAAAGAGAAACCAUGAUAAUCUGAUAAUUUGUGAUAGACCAGCAACCGAUUCCAAUGAUUUCAAAUCGCAGAUUUUUUGGUCGAAAGACCUUUUCAAAACCAAAACCAUUGCGUUAGAGAACACUAUCGGAUUUGUGCAAGUGGCUGAUUAUCUGGUCGCUGCUACAAUUGAGCAUAAUGAUGAACUUAGAGCCCAUGUAUCUAUUGAUGGGACAACCUGGGCAGAUGCUUACUUUCCGCCUAACUUUAGGGUUGACAAACAACAAGCUUACACCACAUUAUCUGGAGCUACCAAAUCAAUUUUCCUUCAUGUUACUACGAAUCCUAGGCCCAACACCGAGUUCGGCACUAUACUCAAGUCAAAUUCGAAUGGUACUUCUUACGUUCUUUCUUUGGAUAAUGUGAACAGAGAUUCUAAAGGAUAUGUUGAUUUUGAACAGAUGUCAGGGUUAGAAGGUGUUAUCAUUGUAAACACUGUUGAUAAUGCAUCUGCCGCUAAAAAGGGAUCUAGGAAACAAUUGAAGUCAAAGAUAACCUACAAUGAUGGUGCACACUGGAGCUAUAUCACCCCCCCUGCAAUCGAUUCAGACGGUAACAAAUUUCCUUGUAAAGGUAAAUCCCUCGAGAAAUGUUCUUUGAACUUGCAUGGCUAUACCGAGAGAGAAGACUACAGAGACACGUUCUCCUCUCAAUCUGCUAUUGGUAUGAUGCUUGGUGUUGGAAACGUAGGUGAACAUCUCGAAAAUUACUACGAUGGACACACUUUCCUAACGAAAGAUGGAGGUAUCACUUGGAAGGAAGUGAAGAAGGGCGUCUAUCAGUGGGAAUAUGGUGAUCAAGGAUCUGUCAUUGUCCUUGUCAACGGAAAGGAUAAUACUAACAUUCUGUACUACUCUGUUGAUGAAGGUGACACGUUUGAAGAAUUCCAAUUCACUGACGAGCUUGUCACAGUACAAGACAUUUCCACUGUUCCAAAUGACAACUCCAGAAAGUUUCUUCUAUUCACUAGAGUGCCAUUAGCUAAAGGAGAUAAAACCAGAGUAUUCCAAAUCGAUUUCAGUCACUUACUUAAUCGUAAGUGUUCUUUGGAUUUGAGAAAUGAGGACACCGAUGAUUUUGAACUAUGGUCUCCAAGUCACCCAUUCCAGCCAGACAAUUGUAUGUUUGGACAUGAAACUCAAUACUACAGAAAACUACCUGGAAGAUUGUGCUACAUUGGACCAAAGCUAACCCAACCUCACAAAGUUGUAAGAAACUGUGCUUGUACCAAAGAAGAUUAUGAAUGUGACUUUAACUACUACAGAGAUGAAAGUGGCAUUUGUAGAUUGGUGCCAGGAUUCUCUCCGCCAGAUCAUUCAGAAAUAUGCAACUCCGAAAGCCGUCCUGUUGAAUACUGGGUACCCACUGGUUACAGAAAAAUCCCUAUGUCCACAUGCGAGGGAGGAGUCGAACUGGACAAGGUUGAACCAAAACCAUGUCCCGGACGGGAAGAAUCGUUCAGGGAGAAAUACGGUGGUUUGCGUGGUUUAGGUUUAGUUGUGGCAGCACUCGCUGGUCUUGGUGUUGUUGGUUUCAUUGGUCUUGUUCUCUACAAGUACUAUGAUUCCAAGUUUGGUCAGAUCAAGUUGGGAGAAGAAGGUAACUUUGAAGUUUUCGAAAGAGGUGGAUUCCUAUCCGAGGUAAAUGCCAUUGUUGGAUCUAUUCUUGUUACCGGAGUUGCUUCCGUUUCCCAAUUGCUCAGAGGAACGUUUUUGAAGUUAGGGGAAAUUAAGAAUAAAGUUUUAGGAAAUCCUAGAGGGAAUCAGAAUUUGCCCUCCGCAUACGUUGUUGCUGAUGACCAUGAAGAUCUAUUGAACGACAGCUUCCAUGACGAUGACCAGAAUGAGGAAAUCUCCAGAGAUCAAUUCAGCGAUGACGAUAUCAUCAACAGCGAAGACGAGCGUCAAUUAUAA